CGGCGGCGGCGGCGGCGGCGGCGGCGGCGAAGGCGGCGAAGGCGGCGAAGGCGGUGGCGGCGGCGGUCCUUGGAGCGACAUCCCAAACCAGACCGAGAGAGAAUCCGCCCAGGGUAACCGCGGCGGCAGCCCCACCUCUCCAGGCCGGCCUCAGAAAGACCUGCGUGCUUCCCCAGGACUUCGGCGAGCACGUUCCGGGCCGGUCCUCUCUCCGCAGUGAGCCAAGAGUGCUGGGGGGAGGUGCUUGCGCAUGCCAGGUGCACAGCCCACUCGCUUGCCAGCCCCCGUGCAGGUGUGCCGCGGCGGUCCUGGGAGUGCCCGAGAGGCUGCGAUCCUGUCACCCUCUCCUCCUUCGCGUUAAGUACGGUUCGGACUCAGAUGCCCGUUUUCUAGAUCGCUCGGACGCCGCAGCCCUGCCCCGCGGGGGCCUCUCGCGCCCGGCUAACUUUGAAGAGGGAAAACUGAAUAGCCGGGCUGGAGGGCGGGGGCUCGGGGCCGCGCGGAGCUCCCACGCUUCCCCGGAGCCCCCGGGGUCCGCGCGAGCCCCCGCCGAGCCUGCCGCAACCACAGCAUUGGAGCCGGCGCGGGUAUCUCCCCCGCGCCGCCGGGCCGCCCUGGGCGGGACGUUUCCCGCGGCCUCCAGGCCCCCCGGGCGCGCGCAACAGGCGGCCCGACACGUCGGGAAGCUGGAGCGCCGGCGGCGUCGUCCUCGGAGGGGUGUGGAGAGGCGAGGCCGGGCAGAGCCCCGCGCAGCCAUGGAGUCACUCCUGCUGCCGGUGCUGCUGCUGCUGGCCAUCUUAUGGACGCAGGCUGCUGCCCUCAUUAACCUUAAGUACUCUGUAGAAGAGGAGCAGCGUGCCGGGACAGUGAUCGCUAACGUGGCCAAGGACGCGCGGGAUGCUGGCUUUGCUAUGGACCCACGACAAGCCUCCGCCUUCCGUGUGGUAUCGAACUCAGCCCCGCACUUGGUGGACAUCAACCCCAGCUCGGGCCUGCUGGUCACCAAACAGAAGAUCGACCGCGACCUACUGUGCCGCCAGAGCCCCAAGUGUAUCAUCUCGCUGGAAGUCAUGUCCAGCUCAAUGGAAAUCUGCGUGAUUAAGGUGGAGAUCAAAGACCUAAACGACAAUGCUCCCAGCUUCCCGGCGGGACAGAUAGAGCUGGAGAUCUCAGAGGCAGCCAGCCCUGGCACGCGCAUCCCUCUGGACAGUGCCUACGACCCGGACUCUGGCAGUUUCGGUGUGCAGACCUACGAGCUCACGCCUAAUGAGCUCUUCGGCCUGGAGAUAAAGACGCGUGGUGACGGCUCACGCUUUGCUGAACUCGUGGUGGAAAAGAGCCUGGAUCGAGAGACUCAAUCGCACUACAACUUUCGCAUCACCGCACUCGACGGGGGCGAUCCGCCUCACAUGGGCACGGUUGGCCUCAGCAUUAAGGUGACUGACUCCAAUGACAACAAUCCGGUGUUCGGCCAGUCCAAUUAUGCUGUCAGCGUGCCAGAGAAUUCGCCUCCUAAUACUCCUGUCAUCCGCCUCAAUGCCAGCGACCCAGACGAGGGCACCAAUGGCCAGGUGGUCUACUCAUUUUAUGGCUAUGUCAACGACCGCACCCGCGAGCUCUUUCAGAUUGAUCCUCAUAGCGGCCUGGUUACAGUUAUCGGUGCCCUGGACUAUGAGGAGGGCCACGUGUAUGAAUUAGACGUGCAAGCCAAGGACUUGGGACCUAAUUCCAUUCCUGCACACUGCAAGGUCACGGUCAGCGUUCUUGAUACCAACGAUAACCCGCCGGUUAUCAACUUGUUAUCCGUCAACAGUGAGCUGGUGGAGGUGAGCGAGAGCGCCCCCCCGGGUUACGUGAUCGCCCUCGUGCGGGUUUCGGAUCGCGACACCGGCCUCAAUGGGCGCGUUCAGUGCCGCUUGCUGGGCAACGUGCCCUUUCGGCUACAGGAGUAUGAGAGCUUCUCCACUAUCCUGGUAGACGGACGACUGGACCGGGAGCAGCACGAACAGUACAACCUUACAAUCCAGGCGCGCGAUGGCGGCGUGCCCAUGCUGCAGAGUGCCAAGUCUUUCACUGUGCGCAUCACCGAUGAGAACGACAACCAUCCGCACUUUUCCAAGCCCUACUACCAAGUAAUUGUGCAGGAGAACAAUACUCCCGGCGCAUACCUGCUGUCCGUGUCAGCUCGAGACCCUGACCUGGGUCUCAAUGGCAGUGUUUCCUAUCAGAUCGUGCCAUCGCAGGUGCGGGACAUGCCUGUCUUCACCUAUGUCUCCAUCAAUCCCAACUCAGGGGACAUUUACGCACUGCGAUCUUUCAACCACGAACAGACCAAGGCAUUCGAAUUCAAGGUGCUGGCCAAGGACGGAGGCCUGCCCUCACUACAGAGCAAUGCAACCGUUCGAGUCAUCAUCCUCGAUGUCAAUGACAAUACUCCGGUCAUCACGGCCCCUCCUCUAAUUAACGGCACCGCCGAAGUCUACAUUCCUCGAAAUUCAGGCAUAGGCUACCUGGUGACUGUUGUUAAAGCCGAGGACUAUGAUGAAGGUGAAAAUGGUCGGGUCACCUAUGACAUGACUGAUGGGGACAGAGGCUUCUUUGAAAUAGAUAAGGUCAACGGGGAAGUCAGAACCACUCGCACCUUCAAUGAGAAUUCCAAGGCUUCCUAUGAGCUUAUUGUGGUAGCCCACGACCAUGGCAAGACAUCUCUUUCCGCCUCUGCACUCGUCGUAGUCUACUUGUCCCCUGCUCUGGAUGCCCAGGAGUCUAUGGGUUCCGUCAACUUGUCCCUGAUCUUCAUUAUAGCCCUGGGCUCCAUUGCGGGGAUCCUCUUUGUCACGAUGAUCUUCGUAGCAAUCAAGUGCAAGAGAGAUAACAAAGAGAUCAGGACCUACAACUGCAGAAUCGCCGAGUACUCCUAUGGCCAUCAAAAGAAAUCAAGCAAGAAGAAAAAAAUCAGUAAGAAUGACAUACGCCUCGUACCCAGGGAUGUGGAGGAGACAGACAAGAUGAACGUUGUCAGUUGUUCCUCUCUGACCUCAUCCCUCAACUAUUUCGACUACCACCAGCAGACGCUGCCCCUGGGCUGCCGCCGCUCUGAGAGCACUUUCCUGAAUGUGGAGAACCAGAAUACCCGUAAUACCACCAGUGCCAGCCACAUCUAUCAUCAUUCUUUCAACAGCCAGGGCCCCCAGCAGCCAGACUUGAUUAUCAAUGGCGUCCCUCUGCCUGAGAAUGAAAACUUCUCCUUUGAUUCCAACUAUGUGAACAGUCGAGCCCAUUUAAUCAAGAGCUCCACCUUUAAGGAUUUAGAGGGCAACAGCCUGAAGGACAGUGGGCAUGAGGAAAGCGACCAGACUGACAGUGAACAUGAUGUCCAGAGAAGCCUGUAUUGCGAUACUGCUGUGAAUGAUGUGCUGAAUGCUAGUGUGACUUCUAUGGGAUCCCAGAUGCCUGACCAUGAUCAGAAUGAAGGAUUUCACUGCCGGGAAGAGUGCCGGAUUCUUGGGCACUCCGAUCGGUGCUGGAUGCCUCGAAACACCAUGACCACCCGCUCCAAGUCCCCUGAGCACGUGAGGAAUGUCAUCGCACUGUCCAUUGAAGCUGCUGCUGCAGAUGCUGAAGCCUAUGAUGACUGCGGCCCCACCAAGAGGACCUUUGCAACCUUUGGGAAAGAUGUCGUUGAUCACGUGGCUGAGGAAAGGCCUACCCUGAAAGGCCGGAAGACUGUUGAAGUCACCAUUUGCAGCCCUAAGGUCAGUGGUGUGAUCCGGGAGGCAGGCAAUGGCUGUGAGGCUAUUAGCCCUGUCACCUCCCCUCUGCACCUCAAGAGCUCUGUGCCUGCCAAGCCUUCAAUAUCUUUCACCGUUGCUCUGGCACCCAUGGGCCGAGAUGUAGAGCAGUAUGCCAACAACGGCGCGUCUCGUCCCUCUGAAGCUGAGCCCCGUGGAGCCGACAGUGAGAAAGUUGUGUGUGAAGUCAUUCCUAUUAUGAAGGAGGGUCGUGACAAGGAGUCUCCUGGAGUAAAGCAUCUGAAAGAUAUUGUACUCUAAAGGGGAAGGGAGAGAAACCAUGCUGGCCAGUGAAAAAGCAGGAGUUAAUCUUUGCAAUUGUUUACCAAUGGUUGGUUCUUGAGUGGGUAUAUUUCAGAGCUUUCCCUAAAUGUAUUGUUUAUAAAUGUCUAUCAUUCUGUGACAAUCCGUCUCCUUUAAAUAAGCAGCAGGAGUGAUCAGUUGGAGCAAAUUAGCUUGCAGUUGCGUUGUUCUUGGGGCCUUGGUGUUGGGGAAACAGAGAGAAAUUCAGUUGUGAAAAGUAUUAUGUAUAAGUGUUUGAAUUUAUAUAUUUUUCUAUGUCAAAUGAUAAUAUAAAUUACCAUUGUUUGUGAAGGGUUACAUUUUAAAAAAGCAAAAAAAAAAUUAAACAAAAAAAAACAAGAAAAAACAAAAACAAAGAACCAAGCUCUGGAUACCUUUAAUAAGCUCGUCAUUGUUUUUGUAGCGUAGACAAGUUAAUGGUCAUAUAUUGUAUACUAUUCAGUGAUGUGUAUCAAGCCCCCCAAAAGUUGUUUCUGAAGCUUGAAUACUUUCCGAUGACUCUACUUUGCUGUGGACACCCCUAAUUUUAGAAUCCUUUUUGAUAGCUGUGCUCUUGUUGUAUUUGAUAUUGCAAAUUACUAUGUGUGUAGUGAGGUUAAAAGGCUUUUAGAGGUUGAUACUUUUUCUUAUAAACAACAAAAAUACAGACAAAAACAAAAUGCAAACAACUGAGAUGAAAAGUGGUGGAGCAACAUCACAUGCAUAAACAAAUUUUUGAAGUAUAUUCACCCAUGAAAAUACUCACAUAGUGAUUUCUAAAUCACCUUGCAAAGUACUUUUUCUGCCUUUUAGUCUUCUGCUCAGAUCCAUGAUGGAUCAUUGCAGGAAGUCAUUUCUUGGAUAUUCUGUUACUAAUGUGCAGUUGUCAGAAAUGCUGUGCUGAAAGUUUCAUUAAAUCCACUUUUAAAAUGUUCAGGCCAUGAGCAGUAAAGUUACCCCAGAAAUGAUCAAUUUCUAGGGUUACACAUUCACUGUCCUAUGGGCCAAAGAGAUAGUACAGGGGUUAAGACACAUCCCUUACAUGCACAAAUUCUGGUAUUUACCCAGCACCACAUUUGGUCCCCUGAACACCACUCAGAGUGAUCCUUGCCUGAGCACAAAGACAAAAGACAAAGGCUUGAGCACAUCUGGGCAUAGCUCAACCUUACCACAAAAACCCGGGGGGGGGGGAGAAAAAAUUCUCUGUCCCCAGUCAAAAAGACUGAAUCUAUUUUGAGAUCUUAGUUAGUAUUUUUCAACACAUAUUUCCUGAUUUGUAGCUUCCCAUUCAUGGUUAGAAUUCAACUACAAAGCAUGCCAGGAGCUAGGACUGGGAACUCCUUGUUGUUCCAUAAAGACUUACAAAGAAGUAAAGAGUAAAAUGCAUUUUAGGUGAAGACAAGAUGCAGGUAAAAGCGUCAAUCCAAUCAAUGAACCUUUGAAAUGGAGACACUUGCUCUAAUAAUUUUAAGACUAACACUUUCCAAAUUUUAAAAAUGUGAAACUAUUCAAAAUUGUUUAUAUUUAGGAAACUCUGCUGUAGGCAAGUAAUACACAUUUUUAUUAACGAGUUUGUUCACGUGAUUUUUUUAUUUAACGUUUUCCAAUUUCUCAUUUAUUAACUGUUUAUUAAUAUUUAUUGGCCAACAUGGCAUUCUUUCAGCUUAACAGUUCAUUACUUAAAAAUAAUCAAACUAUGAGACCUUUGCUAUGCUUUGCCUUGGUCUUGAAAGAACUGUUUUUUAGAGAAAGAAGUUUUGUGGUUUUCUUCUCCUUUGUUUAAUUUUGUGAAACUCAAUUUUGCCUGGAAAGUAGGCUUGGAGGUUGAAAAACUAGAAUGAAAAAAGUGGAUUAAUUUUCUCAUGUUUACAUACAUAAAGCAGCUUUAAAACAUGCUUUAGGGUUUUUUUGCCUAAAUUCCUGUAUUUUUGCAUUACAAGGAUUAUUUUCUUUUAUGGAAGGGGAGGGUUUUCAGAGAUAGGGGAGGAUAAGGUAAUGGGAAUGGGUUUUGAUAGGGGAGGAACAUUUCUGAAGAAGAACCUAUAGUGAUACUACAAAUUCAUUCUUAUAUCUAAUAUUUGGUACUAAAUAUUACCUCACACAAAUUAUUGGCAUGGCUGCAAUGUUUCCUUUGAUACUGACACAGACAUUGCUUACUUUGAUGUAUUUAUUACUUUUGGCUCAUUUCAUUAUUUCCCAUGCACUCUUUCCUGCCAUCAGUUCAUUUCAUUUUUUAGUAGAGAUUGAACUAGGUAUUUAUUUUUCUUUUUGAGUGCUGCAUAAUCAAUAUAGUGAAAAUUAAAUUUUACCGUUUAAUUUAUGAUGGCUACCUGUAGAGUUUAGACUGUUUCUUAACUUGGUCUAUCCUGAUGUUGUUGGCUACCAUGGUUACUUGCAAGUCAAUUUGACAGGUUUUGUAAAAUUGUAUUUUUACUAUAGUCCAUGGAAAUAGAGGAGCUGAAAAGAUUGUGGUACAUAAAUGAUAUAAAUCAAAUGAUAUAAAUGAUAUAAAUCAAAAGAUUGUGGCACAUAAAUGAUAUAAAUGAUAUAUGAUUGCUAAGCCAGAGAGUCUAUAGGUAGCCAUGCCAUUUAUCAGCCAAGAUUGAUGUAGUUAGAGUAGCAUUGACAUUGGUUUCGGGGUUUUUUUUCCCUAUGAAAAUAUUUUUUUCUUUUUCCCUAUCAAAAUAUUUUAUUUUCAUUUGGCAGUCAGACCUUUUUUGUUGUUGGUUCAUUGUGCAUGCCCAAAGAAUUCCUUAUAAUAAGAAUAUGUUUUUUCUUUAUGUCUUGAUGUUUAUCUACAUCCUUCCAGGAGCACAAGUGCAUUCUAGGAGGGAUUGAUAAGCUGAUUUUACAGGUUCCUAAAAAUAGGAAUUUUGUGCAAGAAUCCUAAAUUUCCCUUUGGCUUUGUCUCUUACCCCUCUCUCCUUUUCAAUGCAUUUGAUCAAAAGGGACAAAUGCCAGAGGGCUAAUUAAUCUUCAUUUUCCCUCUCUAAACAAAUGACACACUUAAAUAUGAGGGAGAAAGUUUAGUUUCUAAAUCCUAGGGGUUGAAAUUUAAUUUAUUCUGACACCCCUUUUAGGGGAGAAGUUAGCAUUGAAAUGAGAACUGCUUUGGGUACUACCAUGGGCAGUUAAACUUACUAAUUCAAUACAAAGGGUUUAAUUUAGAUUGAUUGAUUACUCCCCCAUUCAAUAUGAGACUAUAAUAUCUACAAGGAAUAGAAAGAAGGGAACCAUGCUAUGGGGAAUCUAUUCUGUUUUCUCUAUACUGACUCAUCUUUAAACCCUAUUAGAAUGAAACUUACUGUUCCUUUGAACUCACAAAAGCCAGUAAAUAAUGGCUCACUGACAUAUUGCCCAAAUAGAUUAUGGGCCAAAGAAUCAUGAAAUCUCUGCAGGAUAGUGGUUUCCAAAGUGCAAUCCCAGGACCAAAAGCAGCAUCAUUGGUAGCUUUUUAGAAAUUAUAAUUCUCUAUCAUUACCCAGACAAACUGAAGCAGAUACUCUGGGGAUGGGUCCUAACAAUACGAGAUUAGAUGACCACUAAAGGUUGAGAUAGUGUUAAAAAACACCAUAAUGAACAACACAGAUUCUGAUUCAGUAAAUAUGAAUUUAGAAGGGAUGUGGCCUGAAUCUUUUCUUACUUUAGAACUGUAGGUGAAGCUGAUACAGCAGGUCUACGAAUUAUACUCCAAGUACCACUGCUCCAGAGAAAACUUACCUAAUGGUAUAAUAUGAGGUGCCCUUUUAAACUGAAUUGUUGACAUGGUGACUGAUCAAAAGUGUUAUUCUAGGUCAACUGGAGGCCCUAGGAUACUCCAGUUGGGGCCACAGGUGAAAAUCACAUAAAUGCGGGAGGGUGUUAUUACACAAAACUAGUGAGCCAAACAGUAGGACAGGAACAAAGCAAGGUCAGAAGAGGGGGAUUCAUGGGAAAUGUUUGAGAUACACUGGUCUAAGGGAUACAACUUUGAACUCUGAAAUUUGGGAAUCUCUGAAGGGAAUUCAUUUGAAUUUUUCACAGAGCUCUAUCACAUCAUUAAAAAUCAAAACAAAAGUGGUCCACUUGAAGCAGUAAGGACAAAUGGCAGUUUGGGGCAAGGCAGGGUGUGAGGAAUAACUUAGUUGGGCAUCAAGGUAAGAAAGGAAUUUUUAUUGUACAUAAUAUCAGUCAGUUCUGGAUGAAAUUCCAGUUCACUCUGUGGGGAAUGUUGAAUGUUCCUCCAAAGCAUCCUGAGAAGUCUGGUACACUUAGCUCUUUACAUAGGGUAAUAAUACCCUAACUGACUUUGAAAAACUAGCUUAAAUGAGCUUAAGAAAUCCAUUGUAUACAGUUCUAGUGUUUGCCUUCUUGGUAAAAUUACAUUUAAGGAUGUCAUUUCAUGAGUCAAAUUGUAUCUGCUGACACUGAAGUGUAUUGAGAUGUUCUUUAGUUUAAGUAUGUAACAAAGUAAUAUUCAAAGGGGAUGUGUGGGGGUGGGGCUGGGACGGGUGACUUUAUAUUGAUAAUGAAAUAUUCAGAGCAAAACACAUUGUCCUAAUGAAGUUGUUGCAGCUCUCUUUGUUUUCUUGUGAGGCUGGAAUUGGCCUGUGGGUCACUUGUGCAAAAGUGAAUUAAUUUUAAACAGAACUCAUAUUGCUUUUGUGAAUAAAAAAAAGAAAAUUAACCACCUUGUCUGAAAUAUGUAUUGUAAGAUGCUCUUGGUAAAGAACAACACCCGUGUAAACCUGAUCUUGACUGGAAGCACUGUAGGUCAUUAAGGAAAACGGAUGAUUCUGAUUGUUGCUCCAGCUGUGUUGGCAAUUAAAGAUGACCUUGCUACUAAAUUAAAGUUGCUGUCAACCUUAGCAAACAAACCAGCUAACACCAUUACAGCACAGGUUAAGUAGACUUUUACUGGCAUUGGCUGGCGUUCAGCUGAGGAAGGCUAGGAUACAAACUUUAAUGACCAAGAGCCAGACUAGCUUAAGCUAGAAAUUUAGCAACAGAUACCUCCUUGUAGUAUUUUAUUGCUAAGGUAUUAGUUGCAAAAGGCUUCUGCCUUCGCUCCUCUAGUGAGGGGAAUGAGCCUGAUGACACUAUUACUGUUUACCUGUCAAACCAGGGUGGAAAUUUAGAAGGAUACAAGUACAGUAUGUCUUAUUAAGCAGUCUCUGUUGCUGAUUAUACGAAGAUGAAGUUGUUGUAUAUGCUGAUCUGUAUGUUAUGUACAUUUUCACAGUGAUUGAAAUGUUGUAAAAAGAAAAAAGACAAAAAAGAAUCACCACUCUAUUUUGUGAUGAUAAAGCAUCUUUAUUAAAUUAUUGCAGUUAUGUUUUAAUGGUAUUAUCUGCUGCAUUGUUUUCUCUUAUCUGGUGGUUCUGUUUCCCUUUAAUGUGUUUUCUCUGCUUCACAUUUAAUGCAUUUUAUUAUUAAAGGCUAUUAUGGAAAAUUA